GGCAAAUAAACUAAAGAUCAAAUGCCCAAAAUACCCUCUAAAUUGAAGAGAGAAAACUAGGGUUUUAGAAUCUAAAAUCAAAUUAGCCAAACAGUACAACACACCAUUCACCAACUCUCCAGUCUCCUCCAUUCGGCUGCAGAUAACCUUCUUUAUCGCUUCUUUCCGAGUCUUUUAUAUUUGCAUGUCCGUUAAAUCUUCAUUUCAUCAUUCAAAUCUUUGCCCUAAUAAUCCUUUAUUUCACAUUUAAUCUCUGCCCACCACUUUAUUUUUUCCGAUCCUGUCUCCGUUUUUCCCGCUUUCCUUUGUUUUUCUGUUUUUGAUUCAUAAUAAUAUUUCACUUCUUGGAUCACUUUAUCAUCUCAUUUGUCCAUUUAAAUUUUACUCUGUUCUGAAACAGGGAAACUAGUUACUUGAUUAGGUUUAUCGAUUUUAGGGUUUUUUUUCCCAUUGUUUGAUCAAUCUAGCUUCCACCCAUUAUUCCUUUUGCAUUUGAUUUUUCUGGGUUUAUUUUAAAUUUCUGAUAAAACUCAGUAAUCAUGGUGGAUUUAAAUGAUAAAGUACGUGAUCAUUUCCCCGGUUCUUAAUCUUUAGAUUAGGUGAUGAUUUUGUGUUUUAGAAAUGAUCUAAUAUUAUGAUUUUCCAAUAUUUUGAUCGAUUAAUGCAGAAAUCAUCCGACCCAGAUGGAGAAAGCAAAGAAAAUGAGAUUAAACGAUGUGCUGAUUGUGGUACUUCUAAAACCCCUCUUUGGAGAGGCGGUCCAGCAGGCCCAAAGUCAUUGUGUAAUGCAUGUGGAAUCAGAAGUAGGAAGAAAAGAAGGGCAAUUUUGGGAUUAAAAACAGAUGGAAAAAAAUCAAAGAAAAUCAAUCAUAAUACAUCAUCAUCAUCAUCAUCAUCAAGUAGAUUGAUUGGGAGUCCACUCAACCAACGGCUAAGAAUGCUUGGAAGCGAAGUGAUAAUGCAAAGAUCAACGGUGGAUAAGCAACAUAGGUGGAAUCUAGGAGAAGAAGAAGAAGCUGCUGUGCUUUUAAUGGCUCUUUCUUAUGGCUCUGUCUAUGCAUAAAACUAGAAUAGAAAUUAGAUUUGUUUGGUGAUUGUAUUAUUAGUAGUAAUUUUAGAAUAGAGAAGUGGAUAAAAAUUGUCGCUUGAAGAAUCAUGUAAAAGCCAAUAAUAAAAGAAAGUUUCUUCCUUUAAUAAUGCUUUUCUAAUUAGAGAAAUAACUUUAUUGUAGAGCGUGAAAAAGAGAGUUGUUAAUUAUCUUAAAAUGUUUUGAUUGAUUUAAUGUCUUCAAUAAUGAAAGUUGUAUUAA